UCUAUUUGGUGUUUGGUGAGCUGAAAUAAAUUAAAAAGAUAUCAAUGAUCACUAUUUAUUCUAUAAUAAAUCAUUAGUUUUAGAAAAUACUUUGAAUCAGAACAUUUUUUUGUCAUCGAUCGCCGAUAUGCCGCGAAGAGCUAAUAUGGCGGUAUCUAUCGGAUGUGAUAUUCCUUCAGACGAAAGGCUAUUACGCGGUUUUCCGAAAAGUCCUAUAGUGUUAUUAAAUCGUUUAAAGGUAAAUCAUUUGCUGAAUAAUGUAAGAGUAUUAUACAACAAAAAUGGAAGUAUUGUACCGUAUUCGACGGACGUGGCCCAGCAUCGUAUUUUACGAAAAAUAUUAUUAGAUUGUACUGUAAAUUUAGUGAAAAUUGAUGCAAUUAAUGUUGAUAGUGUGACCAAAGAAGGUAAAACUCAAAAUGAUGCCAAUGAUUUAUUGGUAAUUGAUGCAAAGAAAAUGCGUGGUAGACCAACAAUAUACAAGAACAUUGAAAAGCCUUCUACUCGAAAACAAAGAAAUAACAAGACAAGAAAAAAUAGGAAAAAACAACACAAAUGCAAGGAAUGCAAUAAGAUAUUUAAAAAUCUUAAUAGUUUUAAUAUUCAUUGUAGAUUUAAACAUUUAAGCGGAAAUUACGAAUGUGCUCAUUGUUCUAAAAAGUACAAGAGACAAACAUUCUUCGAAAGGCAUAUUAAGUUGCAUUGCAACAUAUGUUAUGUACUACAGCAAAAUGAACAUCAACUUUUAGAACAUAUGGAUAAAUGUAGAAAUACCGAACAAGUCAACAAUCAAACUUUAUUAGCCAAUAAAUAUACAUGCAACCUUUGUACAGAUCAGUUUGAUACAGAUUGUGCCAUAGCAUAUCACAAAGCAUUGAUACAUUCGGAUAAUCCCCCAUCUAUUAAAGAUUUGUACUACAUACGAUUCUUUGGUUCCACUAAAGUUUAUGUUUGUUAUUACUGUAAAGAAAGUUCAGUUGAUAAAGAAUAUCUUGAAUCACAUGUCACUGUUCUUCGGAAUAUUAGUAAAACAAAUUUAAAUUAUCCAUCCGAUCAACGUUUAGAUAGUUUAGAUGUGGAGGAUGAUCUCUUACAACACAAGACGUUACAUACAAUCACUGAUUCUACAGAGGCAGCACAGUAUGAAGAUAAAAGAUCUAGUUUAGAUAUAACAGAUAGUAUUCCUAUGUUACUACAAGAUGAAAAUAUUAAUGAUUUAAAUCCAGAAACAAAUAAUGCGGUUACAAAUGUUGAAAUAUUAAGUAAUACAAAUAACGACAUAACAAAUGAAGAAAAACUAAGUGAUAUAAAUAAUCUGAUUUCAAAUGCAGAACAGUUUACAAAUAAUGUAGUUUUAAAUAAUAUUGUAGAAAACCAGAAUAAUAAAAACCCUGAAAGAAAGGAUGCUGCACAAUCCAAUCAUGAAAUACCAACUUUAUUAGAAAAUGUAGAAUAUGAAUCACAUAUACAAUCUACAGUACAAAAUAGAGAUUUAAAUAAAAGUACAGAUAGCAAUAUGAAUGGACUUACAAAUGGGACAAGAAAAAAAACACUUAUCCAGUCGAAUACUCAGAUUUUGAAGUACCACUGCAAGAUGUGUGAGAAAUAUUUUACGACAAACUUUGCUUUGUUGAGACAUAUGAAGGUACAUCAUAUAUUUCAAAGUUUAUCUUGCAAGUUGUGCAAAGAGGUCGUCUCUGAAUCAUCGCAAAUACAUAAAUGUCCAGAAAUAGAACGUGUCAGGACUAAAUUAGAGACUGAAAGCACUGGUGAAGAUGACAAUGAUACUAUUGAAGGUAUGGAUAUGGAAUAUCAAGUGCCUAAUUCACUUCCGAUCGAUCGAUUUCCUGUAAUUAGAAAUAUGAAAAGCUUACAAGAAGAUCUAGUUUUUAAUAUUGUUGUACGUGAGGUGCCCGUCGAAUUCUAUUCUGUAUAAAAGAUAUUUGUUUUUUUGUUCUGUUUAAAAGAUAUUUGUUUUUUUUAUAAUUAUUGUUUUUUUUGUUCAUUUAAAUUUCAUUUGAACAUUGGGUAUAACAUUCUGAAUCCGGCUCUACAUUUUGGCCGAGUCUUGCCGAGUACAAGUCAAGUGUUACUUUUAACGUUUUCAAGUCCUUUUAUCGAAGUCAUUAAUUUCUACUGGCGCACGAGAAAAUGUGUAGACACCAUUUUCCAAGCGCACUCGAGCGCCUCAAAUUUAUGCAGAAAAAGCGACAUCGCUUCAAAGUAAUGUAAAUUUUCGGAAACUUCUAUAAGUAGCGACAAGUUACACCAUAUGAGCUCUAUAAACGUUGGCGCUUGUGCAAGUACUUGAACGCAAUUGGCUCUAGUGACGCCAAGUGAUAGCAAGCAAAUAAGUACUGCAUUUAGAUUGGUAUACAUUCGACUUUAUUCCACAAAUCUCGGCCAAUAUGUAUAGCGUGGACAUAGACCAAAGUUCAUGUUACAAUAUUAAAGUAGUUUAGUCAUUAAGCAAUAAGCAUAAAUAUAAUAUUGUAGAGGUACACAGCGAGAUACGAG